AUGUUCCAGAUCCUCGCAAUGCUGUUGCUGGAAACACAGGUCUAUGUGGCUUCAGGUGAGAGAGAAUUAUUUACAGUUGAAGUUCCUCAACAGCUAUACGUUGUGGAGUAUGGGAGCAACGUGACCAUGGAAUGCAGAUUUCCUGUGAACGGCUCGUUAAACCUAGGACUCCUGACAGUUGUUUGGGAGCAAAAAAGGCAGGGCCAGUCGAAAUCCAAAGAGGUGUACACACUCCGCAAUGGGAAGGCAUUCCCUCCAUCCCAACAUCACGAUUACAUAGGAAGAGCAGCACUUUUGCACAGUGAACUGAAAUUGGGACGAGCUAUCCUCCAGAUCACCAGCGUGAAGAUCACAGAUGCAGGAUCAUACCUUUGUCUCAUUGACUACCAGGGCGCGGACUACAAGUACAUUACUUUGGAAGUAAAAGCAUCCUACAAGAGAAUAAACACUCAAGUAAUGAGAAAACCAGGUGAAGACAAGUAUGUUUUUAUGUGCCAGUCAGAAGGCUUUCCUCUGGCAGAGGUUUUCUGGCGAAAAGAGAACUUGAAUCUCAGUGUAUCUGCAAAUACCACCUAUACGCUGACCACAGAUGGUCUCUACAAUGUGACCAGCAUCCUGACAUUCAAACCAAAUAUGAGUGAGAACUACAGCUGCGUGUUCUGGAAUAAAGAACUGAAUGGAGAAACUUCAGCUCGCAUUUCCACUUCAGCUUUAAUGAGCACACAGUAUAGAGGACAAAAAUCCCUGAUCUUAUUUAUCGUCCCCACAUGUGUGAUGGUAGCUGUCCUUCCCUCUGCACUAAUAAUCUUUCAAAAGAGAAAAUCAUUCAAGAAUGGCCAACCCAAAAAAGACAGGAAAAGAAAACUGAACCCUAACCUGAAAGAUGAGGACAGAGAUGAUUUUAACUCCCAAACCGAGGCUUUAUACUUGUCAACUGUCACAGCUUCAAGAGACAGUGGGAGUGUGGGUCUGUGA